AUGGAACGACUGUUGACCAAUAUCGAAAAAGCUUCAGAUUCGAAAAAUGUUCCUAGACUUGUCGAGGCUGUUUAUGUGGCUAAAGGUGGGUAGUAAACUUAAAAUUGAAAAAAUAGUAUGGUUUAGGUUAUACAGGUUCAUUUCUUACUGAUUUUAACCUGAAAAUGGCGUUUUAUACCUAAAAUUGAGGUUUUUCUACCCUUUUUGUAACAAAAAACUUGUUAAAAAUGCCAUUUUUAAAUGAAAAUUAUAGUUUUUUAGUCGAAUUAUUAGCUGUUUUAGUGAUAUAUGUUACUACAACGUAUUUCUAUUAUUAGAUAUAGCCAACUUUUAACUUAUCAUAACUUUCUCACCACUUUAUUACACCCCCUCCUUUCAGAAUCCCUAAAGAUCCCAGCAGUACCAAUUCCAGAAAAACGAAAAAAAUGUUUUGUAAUCUUCGACUCAGUUUUAAAUUCAAACAAACAAAAGCUGGUUCCAUUGGCCAUCGAAGGUCUACAGUUUCUGCUACGUGACGCUACAUUAAUAUCAGAAUCGGCUACGAAACGACCAGAAGAUUCGUUAUGUUCUCAGAUGCUACGAUGCUUCAAACAACUACCUAAUUGGGACAAACAGUUUCAGUGCCAGAUAUUAACUGUGGGUUUGUAGUAUUGAAUCAUUUGUUGGGUUAGGUGGCUCAAAAUUAUUUGAACAGCUUAUAUUUUACUAUACCUGAAUAAUUUGAAUUUUUUCUAAAUUUAAAUUUAAAAACUAAUAUUAUUUUUGAUAAAGUAACAAUAACAGACUAAAAUUUUCAUUUUAAAACCAAUUUCGCCCUUUUUCAGAUCCUAGUCCAGCUGAUAUCGUUGAACGAAGUUGUGGUCAACCUAAAUGAUGUUCACGAAGCGUUACAAGUAGGAAAUUUGAUUCAUAUUUUAAUUAUCCAACCCAAAAAACAAAAAACAUGUUCAUUUCGUCUUGUUUUUGUAAUUUGGCCGCUUGAAAUGACAUUCGGAUAAAAUGGGUUGCGCAGGUCGCAGUUGAACUGCGCCCAAAUUUAGUCUUCUUAUUUUUGUUUCUUGAAGCUGAAAAGGGAUAAAAGUAUGUAGUUAAAUUAGGAUGAAAUUGUUGUUAUGAGGCGUUUCUUAGCCUUAUUUUUUCAAAUUUUGAAUUUUAAAAAAAUUUUAAGUUUUAAUUUUGACUGAUAUUAUACUAUACAUUAUAGAUAUGCUCUCAAACCUUUGCCAGCGAGGAAACCAGUGUCCGGCUAGCCGUGAGAGCCGCCAUCACCCAGAUGUUGAACUCAUUUUGUUCGAAUCGACAUCAAAAAGUGUUUCGACAAGCUUCAAUCGACUCGGAAGCGGGCCAAACCAAUCAUAAUCAAGAUGAAAUUGCCAUUUUCAUGGAGAUGCAGGCGUUGUUAUCUAAAGUUCACGAGAAACUAGCUGCCGCACAGACUGCCGAAGACUUGCAAUUGGCAUUGGACACGAUUUACAGUAUUUUAAGUGCUCAACCGGGGAAUUGCUGCAAGUAUAUGCCUUUGUACAAUGUUCUAAGGUAUGGACGGAUGUUUUAGCCGUUUUUGGGGGAAGGGGGAGGUUUUUUGGAGGGAUAAUGGAGGUGAAGAUUGAGAAAAAGAUAAGGUUUUAGGUUUUUGAAAAAUGUUUUAAAAAAAUUGAGGAAACAGGGUCAUUUAUACAAAAAGGAAUGGCAAAAUGCCCAAAAAUGAUUUGAUAAAGUAGUGUUACUUUAAAGUUUUUUUUCACAGUUAAAGAGCUGCGGAUGGUAGUAGUGUUAUAUAUCAAAAGAUAGACAAGAAUGAGGUUUAGUUUUUAAAAAUAUUUUUAAUUUUUAAAAUUUUUGUUUUUGCGCCAUAUUUUUCGAUUUAAAUUUAGAUUUUUUAUGAGAUUUGACCAUGUUUUUUCUGGAAAAAUUAUAUAGGAUAUUUCUCAACUUUAAUUAUAUAGGAUAUUUCUCAACUUUAAAAAAAAAUUAUUUCAGGUGAUAUCAGGUUGUUCAAAUAAUUCUGUGCCUCUAUUUUAAUUUUUUUUUGGCACAGAUUGAUUUGAACAUUCUAAUAUAAUAUAAAGGUGUUUAAAAGUUCUUAUUGUUUUUAACUGUUUUCACAUAAUAAAAAAAUUAAAAAAUACUUGUAAUCCUUUAAAUUUAUUGAAAAAAAUAAAAUUUUUAACUUUUUUCAGUACCGAACUAGUGCCUUCAAUGCUGUGUCUUUUACAUUCGGCCGAUGAAAAGCCGGCUCCUUCCAAAUCGUUGCUCAGCCGAACUCCAACGACUCCGUCAAGCCUCAGUGUCUUCAAUUCGCCAGAGUUAGCCAGGUCUUUUUAUCAGUGAGUUUUUUUUAUCUGAAAAGUUUUUUAGAAAAGUAGUGUUUUUGGUAGGUUAAGGUAGGUUAUGUGGGUUUAUAUUGAGGUAAGGAAGGCUUAAAGGUAAGGUAGGCCAGGGUAGCGUAAAGUAGGUUAGGGUGGGUUAGGUGUAGGGUAUGGUAAUUUAGGGUAAGAUAGAUUACAGUAAAGUACUGCAUAGUACAAUAUCGUGCAGUAUAUUAUAACAGAGUAGAUCAGGGUAAGAUAGGGUAGAAUACAGUACAGGAAGUAAAGUAAAGUAGUUACAGUGCAUGUCAAUGCAAUAUACGACAGUACAGUAUAUUACAGUACAGUAGAAUAAAUUAUUAUAUACAGUGUAGCACAGUACAGUUAAGUAGGGCAGGAUAGGGUAAGCUGUGGUAGAUUCAAGCAAGUUAUAUACCUUUAUUUUGAACACAAAACCCAUUAAAAACCUUACUUUAGAGUAGUAGAACAACUGAUCCGCCUCUUAAGCCGAGCAGCAGAAGCUGAACCAAUGGUGCUCGAACUUCUUCGCACUGCCAUUGUUUUUCCAUCAGUACCCAAAAGAGGCGAAGCUUUGAAAUUACUAAAGCGACUGUUUUCUACUUCCGCUAGAUUCUUGGAAUUCCUGGAUUUAUGUGCUAAAGAACCACAGUUUUGGCCGCUGAUAUUGAGCUGUUUGGAGGAAUGUGUGAAGCAGGGCUUGAUGGAGACGGCUAUUGAUGCUGUUAAGGCUACUGGGGCUUUGGUAGGGGCUUUUUUGUUUUUAUUUUGGUAGGGAGUGGGGGGGGGAAUAUGGCUAUGUUAAGUUAGGUUUUGGGCUAGGUUAUGGCAGAAAGGAUAUUAGAGUAGGGUUGGAUAAUGUAGUGUAAGUUAUGGUGAAAUAGUUUAGGGUAUGCUAUAUUUAGUGAAAGUUUAUGCAGCUUACUGUAGGAUAUACACCGAAAAAGUAGUUACGGUAGAGUAAGAUAGGGUAUUUUAGAGUCGGGUAGGGUAAGAUAUGGUAGUGUAGAGAAGCUAAUGUUGAGUUUGAUAACUAAAGGGAUUGUUAUCAUGGUUUUGUGGAAGGGCAGGGUAUGGUAGAAGUGAUAAUGAUGUAGUAUUUAGGGUUGUAGUCAGAUAGGGAAGAAAAGUGCAACAGAAGGGGUAAAAUACGAUUACGUUGGGGAUAUGGUAGGAUUAACGCAAGGUGGGGUAGGGUAUAAAAGGGGAGGAUAGGAUUGGGUGGAGUGGGGUAGAGUAGGGUAGGGUAGAUAAUGGUAGGGUAGGGUAGUGUAGAGUAGGGUACAGCAGAGUAGAGUUGAGUAGGGUAGGGUAUGAUUUGCUAUGUAUAUUACUUUAUAAAUGUUUUAUCAUUUCCAGUUUACCGGCCUAAACUCCCAACUCUCUCCCUCCCUAAUGGAUCAACACAAUAGUUUAGUCUUCGAAAUCCUCAAAACCGCUAGUAAUGCCAAAGGGCAUGGUCGUGUUGGCGCAGGAAUGAUCCAAAUCUCAAGGCAAAGGAAGAAGGAGAGAUUAAACGAAGAAUCUGCCAAGAUAUUUGUAGUAAAAUUGAAGGAAAAUGUGAAAACAUGGAGUGAAAUAGACGUGGCCGAGGAUGUGGACAAGAAGAUCAUGGUGUUUUCUUACUGUAUUUCUAAUGGUGAGACUUUUAUUAUUGGUAUUUUAGGGUUUUUGGUUAGGCAGGCUAGAAUAAAGCUAAGUCAGACGGAUUUUUAAAAAAAGUUUUGGAUUUCGGUUUUAGCCAUGGCUCAUAAUUAAAUACUUUCAGAACUAUCAAACCUAGAGCCAGAAGACGGUGAAAGUCCAGUAUUUGUUAACACUGAUACUGCGUAUCUUACAGUAUACGCGGCUUUAUCAUUUGGUCUACGGUUGAAGACUUCUGAACCUGAUAAAGUAGGUUAUGGGCAAGUUGUGUUAUGAUAAAUUUAGCUUAAUUUUGGUUAGGCUAGGCUUAUCUAUUUAAAAGGACAAGUUUAGUUGGUUUAGGCUAAUAAGGUUAGGUUUCGUUAGCUUUGGCUUGGUAGUCGUUAUUAUGUUUAAUAGGUUUAGGUUUAGUAGACUUAACUCUAGUAGGCAUAUGCUCAGUAGGUUUAGUUUUAGUAGGCUUAGGCUUAACAGUCUUAAGAUUAGAAGUCUUUGGCUGAGUAAGGUUAGGUUAAGGGAACUCAGGCUUCGUAAGCGUUGAUUUAGUAGGCUUAGAUUCAGAAGGGUUUGGCUUCGUAGGCUUAGUAAGGUUAGGUUGAGGGUACGUAGGCUUGGUAAGCUGAGAUUAGAUUUAGUAGGUUUAAACUUAGCAAGCUUAGACGUUCUAGACUUUGGUUUAGUAGGUUUAGGCUUGGUAAGAGUAGGCCUAGUAGCCUUGGCCUUGGAAGACUUAAGUUUUUUAGUUUUAAGCUUAGUAUGCUUAGGCUUAAUAAGCUUGGUCUUAGCGUUAGUAACUUAUUCUUAGCAGGCUUAAACGUAUUCUUUGUAUUCUUAUGUUUAGUAACGGAGAAUCAGUAAAAGUAAGUUUAUGUUAGACUUAGAAACUAUUACGUUGUACUUUAACUUUAUUUUUUUAAGUUUUCUGUUUCAGUCCCUCUUCUUCAACCAAGUAAAUCAAUCUGGCUGCUUAAUAUACGCAAAAGAUCAAUGGUUUCAAUCGAUUUUUGAUUUUAUUUUGGAUGUAGAGCUAUUUGAAGAGGUGGAAUCACCAGAGAACACAGUAUUAGGGCAAUUACUAGAUGAUUACGAUGGUUACAGUGGUAGAAAAAUGUCAUAUCUCUGUGAAGAAAAGGUGGUUAAGGAUUUGAAGUACGAUUACUGUAAGUUUUUACUGUGUCUUAUACUAAUUUGCUCUACCUUAACCUAAACAACUCUAUUUUUACCUACUUUAUCUUAUUCUAACCUACUUUGCUUUAGAAUACCCUGCUUUUUGAAUGCUUUUAUAACAAUGUUUUAGUCAAGCAAUGGCUUCGGGACCUUUUCGCGGCCAGUUGGAGCACUGUACUUUACUUAUUGACCAAGUUUUCUCUAAGUCUGGACCGAAAGAACUUGGCAGACAAGAUUCAAAUCGAAGCCACUGAAGCCACGUUCGAAGCCACCGUAUCCUUGAUGCAUUUGUUGAUGAAACUCGAGCUGUCAUCCGAGAUCAUAUGGGUCUUUGAGCGGAUCGGCGAAGAGAUUUGCCUCCUCGAGGAGCUGCGCGACUUCAUCUACCAGAAUGUUGGCCUAGAGACCAAGAAACCGUGGAGAAUCAAUCGAAUUGACGCCCUUUGUAUGGGUAUUCUCAUCGAUCACUCGAUCGAUGUGGGCGUGCUGUCAGCUCAGUCCUUGAAGUAUACAGUACGAGUGAUUGAGUACAUUGUGGAAUUGGAAAGGUAUUCAUUUAGACUGACUAAGACAGCCAAUACGAAUUAUGAUGCGAAUGAAACUUCUUUGAAUGGACUGUUGGCCAAAGUCUCACAGAAUGAAUUGCCAUUGGCUACGGUGGGAAGGGUGCUGGAUGAGUUGAUGCUCAAAAUUGACACGUAAGUUUGAAAAGUUGUUUUAGAACAGAUCGCCUACCCUAACCAACUCUACUUGUCUGAUUGAUCGUAAUGUUUUCUUUUCAGAUUCCUUGACACAGCAUCGAAGAAUCUGAAUCUUCACGCACUGUGCCAUCUCCUGAAGUUUCUCUGCACAGCCGAUGAGGACAAUCUUCGAAAUAUUGAAAUAAAACCGACCAAAAAUGCAAUCGAUGUUAUCAUCUCGAGCUGUGCCUUACCCCGAAUCUCCAGAAUCGUCACGGCUUCAAUUCACGGUCGACCUCAAAGCCAUCUGAUGCGAAUCUGGGGCACGGUGAAAGAACAUUUGGUUGAAGCGGCGUCUUCAAAGUACCCGGUCGAGAUUAAUCGGCUGGCACUAACUGCCAUUUAUGAUAUAGUACGAAGCAUGUUGAGUACAGAACCGGCUGGUUCGACGUUUUCAAAGUGUUUGUUCAAUGCCUACCUUGAUAUCGUGUGCUUUAAUGUUUGUAACGAGGAGACUCAAGAGCAUGUCGUAUCUAAUUUGGCUAGCUUUAUCGAGGACACGCCCAAUCAGCUGGGCAGUGGAUGGAAACCGCUGUUUGGAGCGUUGAAGGCUAUCAGAAUAUCACCGGCCAAAGAGAUUACGGGUAGGGGAAUGUUUUGUUUGAUCUGUGAAGAGGUAGGGUAGAGUAGAGUGUGAUAGGGUAAGGUAGGGUAGGGUGGGGUAGCGUAGGGUAGGAUAGUUAAUGCAUUGACCUCAAAUUUCAGGUGAAGACGAAGUGGUAUAUUCUCCAUUAACAGCUGCUAAUUAUGCCGUGUUGGAUGUGUUCAAGAAGUAUAUGGAGAUAACAGAUGUAUCUAUAGUACUACCGACUGCCAUGGAGUUUAUUCAUUGUAUGGUAAAUUAUCUGCAAUCGACUGAUGGAUUGGAUAAGUGUAAGAUAAGAUUUUAAAAGGCUUUUUGUUAGUAUAUUAUAUAACAAGUGACAUUUUUAAUAUUAAAGUAGACUAAGAGUACUAUUUUUGGUACUGAAAGAUGCAAAACAGUACUAUUUUCAGUAUGAAAGUGUAUUAAAAGUACUAUUUUUUGUAUGAAAGUGUACUAAAGGUAAUGUUUUCAUUAGUGAAUGUUGUAAAGAGUACUAUUUUUGAUACUGAAAGGUACAAACUAGUACUAUUUUUGUAGCAUGCCAGCGGACUAAAAGCAACAUUUUCGGUUUUGAAAGAUGCUAAAAAGUACUAUUUAUAUUUAGUAUGCAAGGGGACUAAAAGUACCAUUUUUAGAACUGAAAGAAUUAAAGAGUACUAGUUUUAGUACUAGUGUUUUAAAAAAGUACUAUUUAUAGUAUUAAAGUGUACUAAAACUGCUUUUUCAGCAUCAAGAUAUACAAACAGUACUAAUUUCUAUAUCUUUAUUAGUACCAAAGUAUCUAAAGAGUACCUUUUUCAGUACCACAAGACCCAGAAGCAGCGCCAUCGAAAGAAAGUCAACGGGAUACUGCCAUUUGUACUACUGUCUUCUCUUUCAUACCUACAUUCCAACAAAGAUUGAUCAGCUACUUUAGUAAUGAAGAUACGAUUGUAGUACCAUCUCUGCUGACUCGACUAGAACAUCGUGAGCAUGCUGUAGAGUAUCUGGAUCAAACGUUGAUGGAUGAUAAGCUGGAAGAACUUACUGAUUUGGCUAAUUAUCUAAAUGAAGAUCAAACUUUUGGGGUGGAUCCUUCGAAGUUGAGCUACAAAAUUGCACGUAAGGGAAGGGUAUUAUGGGGCUUGUAAAGAAAGUUCUCGCCAUGUUAUGGUUUGUUAAGAAAGUUCUUACCAUUUUAUGUAUUGUAAAGAAAGUUCUUGCCAUUUUAUGGUUUGUUAAGAAUGUUCUUACCAUUUUAUGUCUUGUAAAGAAAGUUCUUGCCAUUUUAUGGUUUGUAAACAAAGUUCUUGCAUUUUUUUGGAAAGGAAGUUAUUGCGAUUUUAGGAAAAGAAGUGUCAUUACCGUGGAAGGAGUGGACUGAUUCACAAAAAUGUGUAGCCGAAGUCUUGCUAGGCUUCAUUGAUGAACUUUGUGGACUAUUACUGACUUGUUCAAGACAAACAUUAUCAACUUUACUGGUUCAAACAACUGAUUUUAUCAAUACUAUCACUGGCUCUGAGCUGGGUAGGUCAAUACAGGUCAUACUGCCACCUUUCAUAGACUUUUUGUGGUCUUUAGGGGUUGGUUUUGAUUUUUUUCGGGUAGUAAAUGCUAUGUUAUCUUAAAAUAUUGAUUUUUUGUCAUUUUAGGUAUCAAUUUUGCUAUAAUCCAACUGUGUAUUACGGUAAUACCGGCGCUACAAAAGUGGUCACGGAGAGAAACAGACGGAUUUGUACCCUCGAGUCAAAUAUCUGUUAGCUCAAGAAAUUUCAAACAAGCUGCCACUUUUGUCACUGAUCUGGUGGGACAGGUUAUUAGGUAAUAAUGGUUGAAUGUGUUACUUAAACUUGUGUUUUAAAUUUUUUUUUGGCUUUGCUUUAUCUUGACUACCCUACCAUACCUUAAGCUGUUCUACUAUACUUUAAUUUACCCUACCCUACCCUCUUUUGCCCUACUUCACCCUUCCCUACCCUACUUGACCCUACUCUCUCUACUGAACCCUAAUUUUACCCAACCUAUCCUACCAUACUACACUAUUUUACCAUACCAUAUGCUUCUUUGCUCUACAUUGCCCUACUCUUAGUUCUACUUUUUACUCUUACCAUUACCGUUACCUUGUAUUAUUCUAUCCUCAUUUCAGUAAAGACUCCUCAAAUCCGUCGGCCGAAGCUCUAACCUACGAUAUUUUUUCAUUUUUCAACGAACUACUCUCUCACCCUUCGCCUUUCAUUGCUGGUACUGGUAGUGCUUGCUUUCGACAUUUGGUCAAUUCAUACGGCGCAGAAUUUAGUGAACAGAUCUGGGAGUUGGUCUGUUCGUUCUUAUGGAAAGGCGUGUAAGUUAAGGGCGCAAGUUGCUGAAAAAUAGAAAAAUCGGCUGCAGGCUGCGAAAGGCUUUGCCAUAGGGCGUGAAUUGCCAAAAUUAAAAAAAAAUUGAGAGCGCGGAUUGCCAAUGCUUAAUAGUGACAUUUAUUUAAAAAAAUUUUUUUAGUUGCUUAUCACUGGUGCCCAUUCGAAAACUGGUCGUUAAGUUCGUCCCAAACUCGGUCGAUUUGAACGGUGACAUUGGCGAGGUUCAUGUCGUAGUAAAAGAGAAUUGUAAGCAAAUAGACCUAACUGAGCUGAAAAUAAUGUGUCAUCAAAUCUUUCAAAUCGACGACAACAAAUCGACCGAAAAACAAAGUAUCGACUGCGACGCGGAAAUGGUCAAAAUCCAAUUCAAUUACGUCUUCGUGUUUCGACCGAAGGGAAACGAGAAAAUGGCACAUGCUGAACGGUAAGUUUUAAAGUAGAGAGGUUUUGGUAGGGCAGGGAGGGUUAUUGUAGAGUAAGUUUUAAUAGAGUAGGUUUAGGGUAGAGUACGGUAGGGUAGGGUGCAGGGCCGGACGCGAGACGGAGUAUAUAUAAAGGUUAGAAAGUUGAUUAUCAAAACUGAUAUGACAUUUUUAAGCCUGAUAUGGCAGUUAUUAGAGUGUUCAAAAAAUUCCUUGCCCUUUUCAAACAAAAUUGUCGAAGUUAGGGGGCGCGGAAGUUUUUGAACACUAUGGGUAAGGUAGGGUCUAGAAUUUACGAUCCCCUUUCACUUUAGGCCUCAUUCGUAUGUAUGCCUCCAGGGUUGUGAUAAGUGUACUGUAAUUUGCCUAUUUUAGCAAAUUUUAAAAUUUCGUUUUAAAACGUCGAUGACAAUGUUAAUAGCGUGUUAUCAGGGCCGGGCGCGAGGGGGGGGGGACGGGGGGUUAACCUCCCCCCCCUCCCCCAGAAAAAAAUUUUUGAAAAAAGUUGAACGUGGUCCCCCCUGUGGAUUUUCGGAAAAAAAAUUUUUGCAAAAAAAUCGGCACAGAUAGCUUACCUGUGCCGAUUUUUUGGACCCCCGCUCCCAGACCAAAAGUCCCCGCCCGGUCCUGGUAGGGUGCGGUAGGAAAAGACAGGGUGGGUUAGGAAGAGUAGGAUGGGGUGGGUUAAGAAAACAUAUUUAGUUUUUUAAAUUUCAGAGCCGUAUCAAUGGAUGAGAUAAUAUCAGGCCUAAUGUCAGCCCAAGCCCUCCUCCAACUUUUGUCCCAACUCUUGGUUGGCCAAUGUCAUUCUUCUCAAUUGGGUGAAUCCCUAACAAGAACAAUGUCAUGCUCCGAGAGUGGUAAGCCCUUGGCAACAUUGUUAAGUCAAAAACAAUUGGGAGUCUUGAUGGCAUGUCUAGAUGGUGUGAAUUCAGUUGCUGAUGAGUUUGAUGUCAGACCAGCGCUGAAGUAUCUUCUACAGAAGCUGAUCAACGGAGAACAACCUGCCAAUUUGUAUCGGUUGUCCGUGGCCAGUAAAGCAAUAAAGUUGCAGACGGUUUUUGAAUUGGCUAAACAAGAAGAACCUACCAAGUUGGUUUUUGAUAGUUUUGUGAAAUGGUCCUUGUCGUUCUGUUGAAGAAAUAAUUAACCUUGCUUUACUCUACUCUCUCUUUCCUUAUAUUAUCUUGCUGUACCUUACUCUACCUUGCGGUACCUUAGUCUAUUUUACCCUGCCGUACCUUAGUUUGCGAUGUUUUACUUUGUUCUAUUGUGACUUACUUUACCUUGUAUUACCCUGCGUUACAUCACUCUAGCCUAAUCUAUUCUGCUUCAAUCUACUCUAUGUUUUACUUUAGUUUAUUUUACCUUACUUUACCCUGUGUUAGCCUUUUUCUCUAGUCCUGUCGUAAUUUUUUGUUGGCUGCCUUGAUAUGCUUUGCUUUAUCUUUCUCUUGAAUUUUUUGUUGUACUCAGUUUGCCUUACUCUAACGUCGUCUAUCUAAUUUAUUUCUACUAUAAUAUAUGUAUAACCUUCUACUGUUACUUUUGUUUUCUUUGACGUAUUUUACCUUACUUUUUAAAACCCAAAAAUUUAGUUUUAAAUACAUUCUUUUUCCAGAGAAGACGUAGCCAAAGUCUCGAAAAAGCAAGGCGCUUCCAACCCAAAUUACCGUUUCAUUCGAUUAAUCGACCAGUUGGUCGAAAACGCCUUCGAUCAAUUGGAAGAGUUGGAAUUACAAUUGUCAGGGAAAUCGACGUUAAAAGAUCGUGGCGACUUUGAAUGUGCUCCAUUUGCACGAUCAGGCUCACAUGCUGAAGACAGUACUCCGGCUACACCCAUCAGUCCAAGGCCGAAUCCAUUCGUCAAGAAAAUGAGCGUUAAGGCUACCAAUUCUGUGGAGAGCGCUGAUGGGCUGCAGGUGAGAGAUAUGGGGUUCGGUAGAAUAUGAGUAUGGUAACACUGGAUAGGGUAGAGUUGGGUACUAUAGGGUAGGACAUAGUAGGAUAAGGUUGGGUACGGUAAGAUAGGCUUGGUGCGGGUCCUUUAGAAUAAGGUACUGCAACGUUUGCCAUAGUAGGAUUAGGAACAGUAAAUUGGUGAGUGUAGGGUACGUUAGGGUAGAAUAUAUUAAAAUUGAGUACGGUAGAAUAAAAGUAUGGUAUUGUAAGUAUGAUACGAUAGGCUACAGUAAAAUACAUCAAAGUAGGGUAAGUUAGUAGGACAGGGUACGGUGGGGUAGGAAAGGGUAAGGUAGCGUAAAGUGGUGUAGGUUACAGUAGCAUACGUUAAUGUAUACUAAAGUUUAGUAGAGCAAGAUGCAGUAGGGUAUUAUAGAAAGCAGCAGGAAAAGGUACUGCACAGCCGAUUUUUUUUACUGUAGAGUAGGGUAAAGGAAUGCUAAGUGGAGCUCUACCAACAAGUAGGGGUGUGCUAUACCAAAUUUAACAGCAGAAUUUCAAAGCUUUAAAUUUAAUUUAAAAAAAUGAAAAGAAAAUUUCAGAAAACCCAGCUAUCAGACUUGGACCUCCGUGCCAUAGCUCAAUCUGAAAUUGUGGCGAUUUUGAUUGAGAGAGUUGCUGUAGAAGAAGCGACCGUUUUUCGCAACUUUUUGCCCUUAUUUCUGCCUAAAAUCCGAAAACUUAUGAAAAUUUGUCCGGCGAAACGAGCUCGCUUUGCUUGCUCCGAAUUUUUGGACCGACUCGACAAGGAGUGGGAGAUUACGUCUUGA